UGUGCUGCCAUCCUGUUAGAAGGUAACAGAUUAUUUUAUUACAAUGGUUCAAUUGGAUUUUCAUUGUGUGCAAUGGUGUUAUUUGCCCCCUAGUGGAUGUUUCUGGUACUUAGAAAGACAACGCAAACAGGAAGUAGAGAAUUUGUUCUGCACGCAUAGAAGCAGCUACAAACAACGCUACGCUGCAGGUCUUUCAAUGUAGUUAUUUCUUGUCACGCUUCAGCCUUGGAAAAUAUUUGUUUUUUCACAACAUAAACGUUUUCAAUAUAUUCAUUCAAGAAAAGUCACGCCUUGGGAGUUUUAUUGAAGACUUAGUUGUUAGCUAUCUGUCUAGUUUUGCAUGGGAACGCAACUCAAGGGCAGAAUAGUGAAAAAACAUCAUCACAGCGGGCUCAAGCUCAAGAAUAACUGCACACGGUGGUUAUGUUUCUACGUUCAUCAGCCAACAAAGCCUCUUAUCCUAGGGAAGACCAGCAGUCUACGAUGCAACAACCAGAGUCAGGUGUUCAACAGAGAGAGAUGGAAGAGCCUCUUCAGCACAUUGGGACCAAGUCUCAAUCUACAAGAUCAAGGUCAUCAAAACAGUCAAGCAGAUCCUCAACGGCGAGUUCUGCAGCCAUCAAAGCACGCGCCAAGGCGGACGCAGCACGCGCACAAGUCUCUUAUGCUGAGAAGGAAGCUUCUGUGAUGAAACAAAAGGCAGAAAUAGAGGCCAGCUUGAUGAAACAAAAGGCAGAAAUAGAGGCCAGCUUGUUGAAGCAAAAAGCUGACCUCGAGGCAAGUUUAUAUGUUCUCCAAGUUGAGAGAGCAGCUGCUGCUGCGUUGGCUGAAGCUGCAGCCUUUGAAGUAGUUGUAGGAUCAGAACGCAGAGAGCUUUGCAAAGAACUAGACACAGGGACACAGCCCUUAAGUCCAGUCCAACGUACAUGUGAGUAUGUGCAACAACAUGCUAGGCCCUACUUUGCUGAACUUCCAUUUGAAGUGGAGAAACAAGAGCUUAGUGUUGACCCAGCUACAUGCCAUAAUCCAGUAAGUAGCAAACAACAGAACAUGAGCAGAGACUCUCCGUUCAAAAGAAAGGAACAGCAGCAUGGUGGAAAUGGAAAACAAGCCCACUUCCAGUCACACACACAAAACUUCCCUGAGUCACAAGUGGCACCAGACCUCAUCAAGUACCUCCUACGCCGUGAGAUGGUGAGUUCCGGACUCCUGAAGUUUGAUGAUCGUCCUGAAAAUGAUUGGGCAUGGAAAGCAUCCUUUCUCAAUGCGACCAGAGACUUGAAUUUAUCAGCCGGGGAAGAGUUAGAUCUAAUUACCAAGUGGCUAGGGGCAGAGUCAUCUGAGCAAGCAAACAGAAUUAGAUCUGUCCAUAUUUUCAACGCAACAGCAGGACUUAACAUGGUCUGGCAACGACUAGAAGAGUGCUAUGGUAGACCCGAAGUGAUCGAGAAUGCACUGUUGAAGAAAAUUUAUGAUUUUCCAAAACUGGCUAACAAAGACAAUCACAAACUAAGAGAACUAGGUGACAUUCUUCUUGAACUGGAGUGUGCUAAAGUAGAAGGGUACCUUCCAGGCCUCGCUUAUCUGGACACAUCUCGGGGGGUAAACCCUAUUGUAGAGAAACUUCCAUUCAGUUUACAAAAAAAUGGAUAGCACAGGGAUCCAAAUAUAAGGAGGACUAUCGGGUAGCAUUCCCACCAUUCUCGUUCUUCUCGAGAUUCAUCAGGAACCAGGCGAAAAUUAGAAAUGACCCCAGCUUCACCCUCUACACCUCAACUAACCAGGUGUCCAUGAAAAGUGAGAAACCUGCCAGGUACAGCAGCAAGACACCUGUGACUGUAUAUAAGACAGAUGUGUCAUCUGAGGCCUCAGACCACCAAACCAAACCCAGUAAGACAAAGGUUGAAAACCCUGACCAUCACUGUCCAAUACAUAACAAGCCUCAUCCUCUUAAAAAGUGUUGUGGGUUUAGAUACAAAACUCUAGAUGAGCGCAAAUCAUAUCUCAAAGACAAUGGCAUUUGUUUCCGAUGUUGUGGGUCAACUCAACACAGAGCUAAAGACUGUAAGGUUUCAAUCAAGUGCUCUGAGUGCGACAGCGACAGGCAUCUUGCUGCUCUGCAUCCAGGCCCAGCCCCUUCAUAUACAGACACCGCUACAGCAGAGAAAGAGCAUGGUGGGGAGCAAGGUGACGAUGCUCUUCUAUCUGUCACCUCAAAGUGUACAGAGAUCUGUGGUGAGGCAGUCAAUCCAAGAUCAUGUUCAAAAAUAUGCCUAGUCAAAGCUUAUCCGGCUGGGAAAAGAGAGAAAGCUGUCAAAAUGUAUGUAGUGCUUGAUGAACAGAGUAACAAAUCUCUGGCCAAGACAGAGUUUUUCAGUCUCUUCAACAUCAAUGACAACUCCGCUCCAU